AUGACUGACAACCUGGUGUAAUGAAAAUUUCCAAUGUAAACUUAUUUUCCCUCAGUUUCAGCAAUUUUAAAUCUAUAUAUAGAGAUAUCUUUGUCAGAAUUGCAUUGUUAGCUUCUCCUGGUAAACUGAUUGUCUCACAUUGUCAGUGCAAAUAGAGAUCUAUUAAUGGGUCUCACCUCCCAACUGAUCCCAAUGCUAGUCUGCUUACUGGCAUGUACCAGCAACUUCGUCCAUGGACACAAGUGCGAUGUUACCUUACAAGAGAUCAUCAAAACGCUGAACAUCCUCACAGCAAGAAAGAACUUGUGCAUGGAGCUGCCUGUAGAAGACGUCUUUGCCACCACAAAGAACACAACUGAGAAGGAAACUUUCUGCAGGGCCGGGACUGUGCUUCGGCAUAUCUACAGAUACCACAAGUGCUUCAACAAACCCCUGAGUGGACUUCACAGGAACCUCAGCAGCAUGGCAAACAUGACCUGUUCUGUGAAUGAAGCCAAGAAGAGUACGUUGAAAGACUUCUUGGAAAGGCUAAAGAUGAUUAUGAAGGAGAAAUACUCAAAGUGUUGAAGCUGAAUAUUUUAAUUUAUGAGUUUUUAAUAGCCUUAUUUUAAAAAUAUUUAUAUAUUUAUAACUCAUCAUAAAAUAAAGUAUAUGCAGAAUCUGA